AUGAAGCUGACUCUGUCUCUCUGCUGCUUCCAUCUGCUUCUGCUCCUCAAUUAUGUCCGAGGAAAACCCCUCUCCGACUUACGGGGGACUUCUUCCUCCUCAUUUGGACCACUCUUUUCUUUCCCCCCGCAGAGCUUGAAGCAGAUUUUGGAAGAGAUGAAGGGCUUACCUCAUGGCUCCUCGGAGGAGACGCUGGACGGAGAGAAGUCGGAGCGUGGAGAUCCAGACUGGCGUCCCGGAGACUUCUCGGACCCCGGCAACUCGGCACUGGAGGCUAAGACCCACGUCUUCUCCCGUCUCUUCAAAGACCUCUUCCGCACCUCCAAGGGCUCCUGGGGCCGCUACAAGAAAGGCGGGCUGAGGAGCUGCUUUGGCGUCCGCUUGGACAGGAUCGGAUCUUUCAGCGGGCUGGGAUGCUGAGGGUGAGGAGAGAGAAAGGCUAACACCAUGAAGACCCGUCAGCAAAGUAGUAACAUUGUUUUUACUGUACAUUUUCCCUUUCAUAACUUAUUGUUUGUGUUUGAAUUAUUAUGCUGCUAACAAAACACUUGCCUUGUAUUAAAUAGUUUUGCAGUAAAG